AUGUCACUCCCGUGGAUUUUUGGACCAUUGGUAACCCGCCUGAUAAAACGUUUCGGAUUUAGAAUGACAGCCAUUAGUGGCUGUCUUAUAAUGUCGAUCAGCUUUUGUGUAAGCUCGUUUGUGGACAAUUUUUGGUUUUUCCUUGUUUUAUUCUCUGUAACUGGAGGACUGGGUUCAGCAAUGUCCUACCACUGCAGUGUUCUAGUUGUUCUGAGGCACUUUGUGAAGUGGCGUUCUCUUGCUGUUGGAAUAACGGCGUCGUCAUCAAGUGUAGGCAUGUUCGUGGUGACACAAAUCACAGAGGUUCUCAUUUCAAAUUAUGGAUUUAAAAAUGCCCUUAGAGGGUGGGCCAUCUUGUUUUUGUUGGCAACCCCACUGGCGUUCUCUUACGACGCAAAAUCGGAUGUUACCGUAGCUAACGUCAAAAGAAUUGAAGAAGGAUCCGAAAAAAAUGUCGAGGUCAUUCCUGCACCAAGCCUUUUACGAAAUGGACGUUACAUCAUCUAUCUUGUCUCCGUUACUCCGGUGUUCUUUGUCGUGUUUACGCUGUCAAUUUUCCUAGUAAGUUGUGAUUUAACUUUAUUGAAUAUUUUUUAUACAAAUAACACAAUCAUUAAUCCUUUCUCUAAACAAUCACCUAGAAUAUGGUUCGUGGUCCCCACCCCGCAAUAUAAAGGGGACUACAGGAACUCGAGGAGUAAGAGAUAAUUGACGGCGUCAUAUCCCUGUAAGCUUUGUGAUAAUUGCCCUAAUAUUCUCUAACCCUUUUACCCCGUUACCCUUACAUCACGGCCUGAAAACUUUUUAUAAAACUCCAACGUUAAGGCUACUUAAGUUAGAAAACAUUUUUGUUACCAGAGAACACUGGCACCUAGGGUUGGAAGGUGUAGGGUGGGAAUAAGCCAAGCCCUAACUUACAUUGACUAUAUUGACCGCUACGCUAGUUCAAUAUCUGAGAUUUCGGCCUGUAACGAUCUCACUCUCGGUUACUAAGUGGUAUAUAAUCGCCAGUUACUGAAAAAUUUGGUUGUUUUUGCCCUUGUAGGUGAAAUUUUGUGAAAGUGAACUUGGCAUUUCGACAGAACGAGGCUCCAUGCUAUACACCUACAUGGCGAUCUCUUACUUCUUUGGCAACCACUUGUUCUGCAAGCUAAGUGAAUUCAAAUUCAUCAACAUCUUUGAUCUUUAUCAAUUUUCAACGACAUGUCUCGGCGUCUGCUUGUUUCUGUUACCCGUGGCAACAUCUUACAAAGCUGUGGUGGUGUUAUCUGUUAUGUUUGGUCUCAUGGAUGGUGAACGAUACGGCUUAAUGCCACUGAUAGUGUUAACAUGCGUCGGACAGAAGAGAAUUGACCAAGCGUGGGGCUAUCUUGCUCUUUUUGUCGGUCUUUCUGGCGUCAUAGGUCCAGUUUUUAUUGGUAAGUUAUAUUUC